CUGAAUAAUAUAUUAACUUUCGAUUACUAUAAAAUUCCAUUCCAUUGCGUUUGGAUUGUUUUGUGCUUGUACUGCUUACGUAUUUUCUAUAGGAAGUCUAUUCUCUAAAGAAAAGAUUCCCUCUCCCUUACGGAGUUCCCCUUUAUUGCCGGCUGAAGUACGGUGAACAGUUUAUAAAGCAUCGUUCGAGUUAUUAUCUUACUUCACUUUCUCAGUGAAAUUCACGCGGAUUAUUACGUACUUUUUUUAAUACAUUAUUUUGUAAAUUUUUCAUAUAAUUUUGAAUAAGUGAAAAGUUUGUGCGUCAUGGAAUCUUCGUUUUUGAUUUUGCUACUUCUCGGCUUAACUUUUUCAUCUGCACGACAAGUUUUACGCAUUCAACCUCAUGCAACUGAUUCUCAAAGUUACUAUGGAGAUAGUAAUUCUCAAAUAUCUGAAAUACAUGAAGAAGAAGAUCGAAAUUUGAAAGAAAUAUCUGAGUAUUCUUUAGCAAACCGACCAAGUGUUCAUCAACUACGAGCAGUUUCUCGUACUAGUAAUUCCAAAAAUGUUCUGUCACAUCUUUCAAAAAUUCAACCUGUCCAAACAAUCCGAAAUUAUAACAAAGUCAAUGAUGAUGGAUCUUUUACUUUUGGUUAUGAAGCAGCAGAUGGUUCAUUUAAAGAAGAAACCCGUGGAGCAGAUUGUGUAGUUCGUGGAAAGUACGGUUACAUUGAUCCAGACGGUAAUAAGAGAGAAUUCACAUAUGUAUCUGGUAAUCCUUGUGAUCCAAACAGUGAUAUUGAUGAUGAAGAGGAAUUAUUAUCAAAAAAACAAAAAAACGAUAAUGAAGAAUUUGAAGAUUCUGCUAAUUACCCUUCUGUUCGACCAUUAUUAUCAGUCAAACCAAAUUAUCCAAAAAAACAAACGGCCACUACUCCAUCUACAAUUCUCCAUCGCGAAGUUUCUGAAUUAUUAAAUAGGAAUAUCAAUAAUCAAGAAUACAAAAUUAAUGAUGAACCAGCCUCAGCUGUAUUAAUAAAGCCCAAUUAUCGAACUCAAUCUCGACAAAAUUAUUAUUCAGUCGCACCUGUUCAAGCAGAUUCUUCAUAUUCCACAACUCCUCAUCCAAAAGUAGCAUCUUCUACUCAAAUCACUGUACCUACAACAUUACAUCGAUCAACUACUUCAUCAUCAAAAUAUAAUACUCAUGGUAGCCCUAGUUCAAUUCAGUAUCUUCAACAGUAUACAACUCCUUCAUAUGCAAAAUUAGAAUCUGCAUCAAGUCGUUCACCACAACUAGAAUCGACUGCUGCUACAAUUGCUAUCACUCCUCGACCACAUUCUAUCCAAGUUGCAACUGAAUAUCUAUCUCCAGCAAGUAAUAAUGGUAACUAUAGAAAUCCCAGUAGCAAUAACAAUGAAAGACCAAAAGUAAUGUAUUCCAAGCCACAUGCUUUAGCUAGUUCUGUGCUAUCUUCUACUCUUAACGAGAAUGUCAAGUUUAAUUUCGCACCUGAACUCGAAGAUUAUGUGAAUACAGAUUCAGUGAUAAAAAAUGUAUUAUCCAGCACUUCUCCAAAAUCACUGAAUGUUAAAUCUUCUAAACCUGUAUAUCAAUCUCAAUUAGUUUACAAUCCUUCCAGUGGACACUAUAAAACUCAAUUAUAUCAAACUUUACCUCAGCAUCAACUUCAACCAUUAGUAGCUCAACAGAUCUUAAACCAGCCAUCGUCUCAAAUUGAACUACAUCAAGUACAAGCUUCAUUAACAGGACGUACAUCGGCAGCAUCUCGUCAAUCGCAACCACAAGAGAAAAUUUAUCAACAACAACAAACGGAACAACUUCUUCAAUCACAACAAUUAUUUGCACAGCAACAACGCCAUCAACAACAUAAGUUACAAUCUGCAGCAAUUCCAAAAUAUCAAUAUCUUGCUGCUCAAAAAGAUCCUCAAACAUACUAUUAUGCUGUAACACCGACAUCUGUACCAAGUCCUACAUCUAGUAUUUCACUUGAGCAAAUUGAUCAAUUUUUACGUGGUAGAACAUCUACAUUUUAAUAGUGAUUAUUAAAUUUUUAUAAAUAAAUAUGAAAUAACAAUGAAUGAUAAUUAACAAUAAAUAGGCAUUGACUGAUAAGUUUUAAACUUCAAAGGAUCGAGGUGCAUAUGACUAUUCUAAACAAAACAUCUAUCAAUAAAUAUAAUUUUAAAAAUUGAAACGAUAA